AUGACUAUCAAUAAGGCUCAAGGGCAGUCAGUGGUCAAUGUUGGACUUGAUCUGCGUACAGCAGUCUUUGGUCAUGGUCAACUCUAUGUUGCUCUUUCCAGAUGUACAUCUGCAGACAGGAUCAAAGUCCUAUUUCCUGUAGACCAAGACAACACUAACACUGCCAAUAUUGUGUAUCCUGAGGUGCUCAUCCCUACUGUGUAUGUCAUUUCUGUUACGACAACGUCCGUUUGA